CCUCAGAGUAUUCAGAGACGGUCACGUGAUAAUUGGAGGCUUUUCUUCUGUUCAUAAUUACAGGUGUCAGAGGUUUAAACCUUCGAGUCUAGGGAAGUGGGAAGCGAUGAUCUAUGCAAUAGAAGAAAUUAAUAGAGAUAAGGUCCUUCUUCCUAAUCUAACUUUAGGCUACGACAUACGUGAGACAUGUGAUAGCGCAAUACACACAGCAAGGCACGCGUACCAGUUUGCUACAGCAUCUACCAUGAACUGCAAAGCUGUAACGUGCGUAUCGAGUAACAAAUAUCUUUGCGACGUCAACGAUACUUCAGYMRWUAAAGAAUUACCAAGAAAAAACUACAGUUCAACUUAUCCAGUAAUUGCCAUCGUCGGARCACUAAGUUCCCAAGUUGCCAUCCCAUUGGCUAGUUUCUUGCAGGCUGUCCGAAUACCUUUCGUUGAAUCCGCUGCAACAAGUGAGGAUCUGAGUUCACCAAUGUAUGACAGCUUCUUUCGGACUGUUCCAUCAGAUGCUAACCAGGCCAAGGCAGUUGCAGACAUCAUAGACCAUUUUGGUUGGAGAUACGUAGCAGCAGUAGCAGUGGAUGAUUCCUACGGUCGUCAAGGAGUGUUAGCACUGCAGCGAGAAUCCAUCCAACGUAAAACCUUCUGUAUCGAUCUGUUUGGUUACAUUCCCUUAUCGAACUACAACAACAAUCUCAACAUGAUUUUAUCUUCCCUCAUACUACGUAAAACUGUUAAAGUUAUAGUUAUCUGGAGUCAUUCUCUGUAUGGAAGAGAAAUACUGAAGGUUGCUGUAAAAAAAGGCUUGGAAAACCGUGUCUGGAUUUUCAGUGAAGCGUUUGCAGUGAAAAGUCCAAAAUUUUUGUCAUCAAUCCCCAAUAUUUCAUCUACUGGGAUUCAUAUAGGAACCAUAGUACGAAGUAAAACUCCURAAMAGUUUCAUCAAUACCUUAUAAAUAGAAUACUGUGCAACCACUCUGAAGGUCAAGACAAUUAUUUGAGGGAACAGUUCUGGAAAUCUGUGRUUUUAACAAAUCYUUCCUCCCAAGGGUCAAACAAUGCUUGCAGUAACAGCCUUCUACAUGAUCAAUUACUACAAAUAGUUGCUGAUGAUUACAAUAUUUAUGUCAUCGAUGCAAUYUAUAGUGUUGCUUAUGCACUUGACCAAAUGAUCAGAUGUAGAAGAGUGAGAGGUUCAGCUUCCAUGGAYAAAGAUUCAUGUCCAGAUAACGAAGGCAYGUCAGAACCUGGUAAAUURAUUGAAUACCUAAAAAGAGUCGAAUUCGAAGGCGAGACUGGAAAAGUACAGUUCGAUUCAAGAGGCGAUCCAGUAGGAGCUAUUUAUGACAUCGUGUAUUUUAACACAUCUAAAGGAAAUGGURGCGAAAUGAUCACUAAGAAUGUCAUUGGAUCUUGGAACAAAAACAGAAAGAGACCCUUAAAGAUGACUAACACAUUGACAUUUUGGGAGAAUGAUAGAGACGGUGAGAAAAUUCCAUCCUCCACAUGUAUAGAUGAAUGCAAGCCAGGGCAAUGGAAAGUACCUACUACAGAAUGUUGCUGGAAAUGUUUACCAUGUAUCGAUGGAAGUGUUUCAGAAACAAACGGAGCACUGAGUUGUACAACCUGUAGUAAAACACAAAUGUCCAACUUUGAACAGACGCGAUGCAUACCCCUUCCUAUAAAUAACAUUGACUGGUCAGACAUAGUUUCAAUCAUACUCACUAUAAUAAGUAUUCUAGGGUUUGCUAUUGAUGUGUGUGUGUUUGGUAUCCUGUUCUAUUUUCGUGACACUCCCAUGGUAAAGGCUUUAAACAAAGUGUGUACUCUUGUUCUCCUCCWCGGAAUAGCUUUGUGUUUUGGGAUGACUUUWYUMUAUAUYGUAAGACCUUCAUCUGRWUUGUGUUCKGUCCUGAAGCCGUUACGMUAUGUGGUUUACACCAUUUGUUGUUCGGCUUUGUUUCURAAAACAAUGCAAAUUGUGCAUKCAUUUAAUAUMUCUMARMUCAAAAMYUGGGUAAAGGCAUUUAUUUGCAGCACCCAACGACAAGUGAUUGYACUUYUAGUAAUGAUAUGCAUUGAAGUAUUACUUGGCGCUUGGUGGAUUCUCUGGGAUCCACCAUACGCUCACGUGAGCAUUUUCCACAAAAGUCACGUGUUUAUCACUUGUGUGCCAUUCAGAGGUGCCCCUGGUAAGAUACUUGAUAGCCUUAUGCUUGUGUAUCUUCUAUUGUUGGCUGGGUGCUGCAUUUAUUAUGCUUUUCGUGCAAGAAAUCUUCCAGCUCAUUUCAACGARGCCAAACACAUWAGCUUUUCUCUUUACAUCUUCCUUUUAUCCUGGAUAACCUAUUACCCUGUAGAUUAUGCAGCGGAGGGWUGGUACGUUGCUGUCCUAUCAGCAGCUACUCUCCUUCUCAGUUCCUAUGGUCUUCUAGGYUGUAUUUUUGGRCCMAAACUAUUCAUAAUURUUUUGCACCCCGAGAAAAACACCAUGGAGUUCAUAAGGGCUGARAUGCGUGGUAACGAAAACUUCAGGCAGUCAGUAGAAAAUCCAAGUUCUGUAAGAACAGCUGUAAAAUCUUCCUAAAAUAUAUUGUAAGCCUGUGUAACGACGUGGUUAUGGAAAUCGAUUUUAACACAGAACGAUGUAGUAGCGAAUCGUACUUCAAUUUUUGACAAAACGGUAAUAUUAUGGAAUACUAAGGCCCUGUUUACAUGGGAGGAGGAUUAUCCUACGGGUAGGAUCUUCUUUGAAGGCGAAUC